AUGCUCCCUAAACCUCCUCGUCCUGCGAAGCCUCUUACUCUGAAGCAGAGGCUUGCGGCGCUCACUCAGGCGCCUUCAUCGCCGUCGUCUUAUGUCGAACCUAUAUCGCCCAUGACACCGGGAUCAGCGUCAAGCAAGCGCAAGUUCAAUGCGCCUUGGGACAUUAUGAGCAGAGUAAUCACCCAAGCAGGGGUGGACUACGAGACGCGUCCGAUGGUUGUAGUCAGCGCCAGUGGACUGCCGAAUCCGAACCAGGAGGGCGUCAAUUACGAUCAAUUGCUCGUUCGCAUUCUCUCGUAUCUGGACCUCUACGUCGAGUCCGACUACACGGUCGUCUUCUUCGCUGCAGGCAACAGGAACUCUCCCGGGUGGAAUUGGGUUUGGAAGGCGUACCGCAGUCUCAGUAGGAAAUACCGGAAGAAUUUGAAACGAUUGUACAUUGUGCAUUCCAACUUCUUCUCGAAAAUGUUAUUCUCGCUUGCGGGAGCCUUCAUCAGCCCCAAGUUCUUCAGGAAGAUCACCUACGUCGACACACUCUCCGAACUGGCGUCUUACGUCCCCUUGACCCAGAUUGAUGUACCACCGGCAGUAUACCAAGAGAACUUGAAGCAUGAACGGGAGAUCACUCUACCGAUGCCAACUCAUUCCAGUCUCUUCGGUGUACCACUCGCAGAACUGAUGGGGUAUGAUGGAGAGAAAGGUGGCAUCCCUAGGGUUGUCAAGGACGCCAUUCAGUACUUGAGGGACACAGGUUUACAGGAGGAGGGUCUUUUCCGAAGAUCGCCCAGUUCGGCGCUCUUGAAGCAAAUCAAGGAGGCUUACGACCGCGGGAAUGUAGUCUCGUUGGAGCACUUCAAUGAUCCUCAUUUGGCGGCAGUCCUCCUGAAGAAGUACCUGCGCGAUUUGCCCGAACCGCUCUUUCCCGAGGCUGUGUACAACCUUAUCCUGAGGUGUCCUGCGCCAACAUACGAACCUGAUGAUUGGGCGUCAGUACUCUAUGUCCGCGAGCACUUGUUUCCCGCAUUGCCGAGGUGUAACUAUAUCUUGCUCAGCCAUGUCUUGCACCUGAUGCACGAAGUCUCGCUUCGUUCCAGCGCCAAUCUCAUGGACGCUCACAACCUAGCGAUCGUACUGUGCCCCAACCUCGUGUCAAGCUCUUCGCCUGCUCGGGACAUCGCGAUGUGCGCUGUCCCCUCUGGCCCACAGUUGCAUCCAUCCAUCCCCACUACGUCGAACCCGCAACCUGAGGGCCGCACGACGCUCGGAGCAAUCAUCAAGCUGUGCAUCCAGCGCUACUAUGAGGUCUUCGAUGAGGUCGAGGACCUGCUGGAAGCUCGCUACCCUCGUGCUGAAGCGGAUGCGCCUGCUACACCUAGUAGCACUAGUAGCUCCUUCGGCUCGCGACCCGCGCCGCGAAGGCAGUCCGUACUCUCGAAAGCGAGCUCUUCGGGCACGCGUGACAGUCGGGCACUGGACGACGACGACAGUAUCGACGACGCAAUGCUCGUCAUGCCCAUCGGUCCUGCGGGAGGUGGUCCACCAAGUACAUGGAGUACUGUCGGGGCUGGUUUCCGCCCACGCCACCGUACAGGACUGUCCGGCGGUGGCGGCAGCCGCAGUAUGCAUACAACUGCGGGUGCCGCCAGUAAUCCCGGGACUGUUCGCGCUCGUGCGACUGCGAGCGUAAUGGAAGCACCGGGUGGAUCACGGAAAGGGUCCAUUGCUGUCGGAAGGGGUACGACGCGCAAGUCUACGGGGUCUGCUGUGCAGGCUGUCGGAGUCACUGCGUCCGGGUUCUUCACCCCGCCAGAGGGAGCACCUCCGCUUCCCGACAGGGAGACGUAG